AUGACGACGAGAUCGACAUCGACACGGGGCUGCGGCGGUGACGACGACGACGGCAUCCUCACGGCGCCUGCGACGACGCCCCCACACCGGCAUGGCACCGUGGCGCCCCGUGCCAGCUCAGCCACGGCAGCCAGGAACUGCACCAUCCCCGGCGCGUCCGCCAUCGUGUGCAUCAUCCGCACUGCUAGGAUGAAGCCUCCGCACGCUAGCCGUGUCACCUGCAUGUGCCACGUACGGUUAGCUGGUGCCACAAUACAUAUUGGUCACGUAAACAUGUGGUGUGCUUAUGAAAAUUUCGACUCAACCACAAAUCCGACGUCAUAUUUUUACCAUAUGGCAUAUUUAACGUUUUUAUGGCGUUUAUGUUUGCCCAAGAUGUCAAUUCAGUUUAGUUGCCAAACAAAGAGGAGAAGUGGGGUGCCGAGGACUUCUGACGAGCCAGGGACGUCGAAGAUGAGGUCCUCAAGUCCUGGGAAGGGCGGCUGCAAGGCGUCACCGAAGUGCUUCAAACUUACGUCUGCGUUGGCCUCGAUGAACAGCACACCCUCACCGGUGCAGUCGACAGCAAGCUUGCGACCCUCGAGCUCCCUUAGACGGCCGGCAAACGGGUAGUAGUGCAUGA